CUGUAAACUGACAGUUAGCGGCCAGUUACAAAGACGUGCGCACGCGCCAGCCGCGCACCUAACGUCACGUCGAUUCGCUGAUCGCUCGCGUAAAACAUAUUUUUUUGUGAAUCUGUGUACUGUGACUGUGCGAAUUUGUGGAUAUAUUUCAUAAAGAUUUUCAAGAUGUCUUGCGGUCGUAUAUUCAACGCACUGCGUCGUUGCAAGCAGUUAGAAGAUGGCGAGCAGCCGACGCAGCUGGCGCGCUGCCUCGGGCUGGUGGACCUGACGGCGCUGGGCAUCGGCAGCACGCUCGGGCUCGGCGUGUACGUGCUGGCCGGAGCCGUCGCCAAGACUGUGGCCGGACCAGCCGUCACUAUAUCGUUUUUGGUCGCUGCUAUUGCAUCUGCUUUUGCUGGCCUCUGUUACGCAGAGUUCGCAGCUCGCGUGCCGAAGGCCGGCUCUGCGUAUGUCUACAGCUACGUGUCAGUCGGAGAGUUCAUCGCGUUCACCAUAGGCUGGAACCUCAUCCUGGAGUACGUGAUAGGCACGGCGAGCGUCGCCAAGGGCAUGGCCCUGUACAUCGACAGCCUCUGCAACAACACCAUGGCGAAGGCCAUGACAGAAGCUGCUCCUAUCAACGUGUCCUUCUUAGCUGAUUAUCCUGACUUUUUUGCCUUUGCGCUAGUUUUGCUGAUUACAGUUCUGCUGAGUAUCGGUGUAAGUGAGUCCACGAAGCUGAACAACGUGUUCACCGCGCUCAACCUGGCCACCGUCAUCAUCGUCGUUAUCGCCGGCGCCGUCAAGAGUAAGCCAGCCAACUGGUUCAUCAGUAAAGAAGAUAUCCCUGAGGAGUACAAAGCGAAGGCUGGUGAAGGAGGGUUCAUGCCGUUUGGGGUCGCCGGCAUCAUGGCCGGCGCCGCCAAGUGCUUCUUCGGCUUCGUCGGCUUCGACUGCGUGGCCACCACGGGCGAGGAAGCCAAGAACCCCAAGAGAGACAUCCCACUGUCCAUCGUGCUGUCCUUAGUGGUCAUUUUCGUCUCCUACUUCAGUAUUGCCACUGUACUGACUAUGAUGCUGCCGUAUUAUUUGCAGGAUGCUGAUGCACCUUUCCCCCACGUGUUCACGGAAGCUAACUUACCCGUCAUCAAGUGGAUCGUGACCAUCGGCGCCAUCUUUGCUCUGUGUACCAGCUUACUCGGUGCCAUGUUCCCGCUACCCAGGGUGCUAUACGCUAUGGGCAGUGACGGCGUGCUGUUCAGGCCGCUAUCGGCUAUUAACAAGAGAACAAAGACUCCGCUCCUGGCGACGGCUAUCAGUGGACUGUUAUCUGCUAUAAUGGCGGCGCUGUUUAACCUGAACCAGUUGAUCGACAUGAUGUCCAUCGGCACUCUCCUGGCCUACACCAUCGUCGCUACCAGUGUCCUCAUUCUCAGAUAUGAGGAAGACACCUCCCUACAGCUGCAAGGCACGAAGCCGGCGGUGGAGACGCCGUACACAGUAGCCAAGCAAGCAUUCAACCUCCUUGACCUGAAGUACCCUACGCAACUGUCCUACGUCAUCGCUAAGAUCACCAUCUGUAUAUUCUUCCCGGUGUCGCUGGUGACGUGCGCGCUGCUGCGCUGGGAGCGCGCGGGCGCGGCGCUGGGCGUGCUGGGCGCGGCGCUGCUGCUGCUGCUCGUCGUGCUGUACCGACAGCCACGGAACAGCGUGCAGCAUCUCACGUUCAAGGUGCCUCUGGUCCCGCUGGUUCCGUACCUCAGCGUGUGCAUGAACGUGUACCUGAUGGUGCAGCUCGACUACCAGACCUGGGUGCGGUUCAUCAUCUGGCUCGUUAUUGGCUACUUAAUCUAUUUCUUCUACGGCAUUAGGAACAGCUCACUACGUACCGUGACGUCACCAGAACCCAUAACCAACGGAGUGAAGGACGAGAAACGGACAAUCACCACCAAGUUCUAAUUUAGAAGACUAUGUUCGGCCAUACUAGCGUACAAACCUGGACAGCCAGGGUCAAUAAGAAACAUUCCGAGUCCUAAAAGGCGAGAUUGUUAUGUUGUAGUAAUUUUAUUUUGAUAUUCAAUAAUGCACUUAAAAUACAUAGGCGUAAAUGACUUUAUUGUAGGUACUUUGUUUUACUUAAAACGGCAGAAUAUGGAGGUGAUUGGAUCUGUGUUUUGACUUUUUUGAGACUUUGCAUGAAUAGAACUUGUAUAGAGUAUAUUAUAUGAAAUUAAAUUAAUAUAAGUAGUUGUAUAUUACAUGUCUGUGCAUUUAGUUUAACUGCUGAAAUAGGAAGAGAACUCUGCUGUGACAAGUUGUAGUUGAAAAAUAGAUUUGACUAGUUUGUCGACAUUCCAUUUGACUAAGUUUGACUUAAAUGUGUGUAUAACUUAAUUGUUUUAAGUAGCUUA